AUGUCGGGUGACACCUACUUUCGCCGCGCCAUCAAUUGGAUGUACGGCGACACGGCGUACCUGCAGAAGGUGCCUUCCCCAGAGAUAGGGGAAAAGCACGUCAAUGAGCUUCUUGGUCGUCACCCUUUUCACCCCUUCGAUCCGGAAAUGAAAUCGGACCACCCCUGCUACAAUGCAAAUGUCAUGCUCUACAAAUGUAUGACUGCAGACCAUGUUGAGGGGUACGAGCUUCACAUGAAACAUGUGAGCUGUUAUUUUCCAUACAAGACAGAGCUAAUGAAGUGCCUCGCAAGGGAGAAGCGUCGGGGGCGUGCCUUGGCAAGUCAAGCUGCAGCAGAGCAGUCUAGGGAUUGA